CUUUUUGUCAAACAAUCGGUAAAUAUUUUUCCUGAGUCAAUCAACAUGCUGGAUCUUAUGUUGCAGCUGUUGGAUGCGUUUCGUUCUUUUGGUGCGUAAAACCAGCAGUCCGGUGGCUCAUGAGCUGCUUUUGUGGACACGUUGUGCGCGUCGCAGCGCACGCGUCAGUGACGGACUGUUGGCUUUUGUCCAACCGUAGGGACAGUUUUUAAUCCUCUCCGAUGCGUCCGGAGCGGAAAACUGGAGAACCGGCGAACGACCGAGAGCGAAGAAGACAGAGGACAGACGGAGACAACAGCUGGGGACAUCGGCAGGGACAUUAGUGGGGUAUUAACCUGGGACAUCAGUGGGAACAUUAGCCUGGGAUAUCAUUGGUGAGGACAAAAGUGUGGACAUCACCAGUACACUAGGAGACAUCACCUGGGGACAGAAGUGGGGUCAUCAGCAAGACAUCGGUAGGGACAUCAGUGGGACAUCAUUGGGGAACACCAUCCGGGGUUGUGAACUCUCAAAGGCUUCUGGACGUACAUGUCUCCUGUCCUCACCAGCACCAAGGCUUUCACAUCCUGUGACAUCACCGCACCAUGCCUGAGGGGUCACGGCGUGGCAGCCAGAGAUUGCCCAGUAACACAGCAACAAAGCGUCCCUCCUCAGUCUCAUCUCUGAGUGGGAUUGUGGGUAGGAUGAUGUCGUCCAGUGACCGAGGAACCUCUUCCUCCUCCUGCACUUCGGUCAACACUGUCUGCUCAGACAGUGGGCGCCCUGCUUCUUUCUGUUCCUCUGUUUCCUUACAAGAUGCCUCCCAUUCCUCCUCCUCCUCUUCCUCCUCCUCAUCCUCUCUGCCAUAUGGAGCUGUGCCAACCUACAAUGCCUCUUCCUCCUCUUCAUCAUUCUCCACACCCAAGAGGAACGGCUCAGACAUCAGCCUGGACCUCACCCCUCUCGUCACGACACAUGGGGCCGGUGGGGUUUCUGGAGGAGUGGCAGGAGGGGUCUGUGCCACUGUGACUGGAAUCCACCCAUCGAAUGCAUUCUUAACCAGUCGUGUAGCAGCGGUGACAGCAGCCACGCCCAGACAGCUGUCGCGGCUGGACCGUGUUGUGCUGGAGAUCGUAGAGACUGAACAAGCCUACGUCAGAGAUCUGAAAAGUAUUGUGGAGGACUAUCUUGGCUGUAUAAUCGACUGUGGCGCUCUGCCGUUGAAACCAGAGCAGGUCAGCACACUCUUCUGCAACAUCGAGGACAUCUACGAAUUCAACAGUGAUCUCCUGGAGGACUUAGAGCGGAGUCCAGGUGCUGCAGCCAUCGCUGAGUGCUUUGUUGAAAGGAGUGAAGCCUUUGAUAUCUACACACUCUACUGCAUGAACUACCCCAAUUCAGUUGCAGUGCUGAGGGAAUGCAUGAAGGACGAAUGUCUGGUUCGCUUCUUCCAAGAGAGACAGACAACACUGAACCAUUCAUUGCCCCUGGAGACAUAUCUGCUCAAACCAGUGCAAAGAAUUCUCAAAUACCACCUUUUACUUCAGGAGCUUUCUAAACACUUGGACAAGAGUGACCCUGGAUAUGAGGUUGUUGAAGAUGCCAUCAUAACAAUGACAGCAGUUGCCUGGUACAUCAAUGACAUGAAGAGGAAACAGGAACAUGCCAUACGCCUGCAGGAAAUCGAGUCACUCUUGGUGAACUGGAGUGGUCCAGAGCUCAGUGGGUUUGGAGAACUGGUCCUGGAAGGUUCCUUCAAGGUUCAGAAAGUGAAAAAGGAGAGAGCCUUCUUCUUAUUUGAUACAAUGUUGCUGAUUGCGAAGAAGAGACUGAAUCACUUUGUCUACAGCACACAUAUAUUUUGUUGUAAUCUGCUCUUAGUAGAAACCCUGAAAGACCCUCUCUGCUUCAAAGUAUCAGAUCAGACGAUUCCAAAACAGCAGCACAUUGUCCAGACAAAGAACCAGGAGGAGAAGAGAUUGUGGGUGCACUAUCUCAAAAGACUGAUAGUAGAAAACCAUCCUGCUUCACUACCGCAGAAGGCAAGGCAGGUCCUAGGGGACAACUUCUGCCAAUCUCCUCAGUUUGACCAGGACAAUCUGAAGAAGUUCUCGGCCUCACCACGAAUGGAUGAUAUAUAUGGAUAUCACAGAGGCAGGCGACAAUCAGAACCUCCAGAGCUGCUGAUGUGCACACCUGAGAAAUCCAGGAAGAGUCUUCCACUGCUUUUGGAGGGUAACCUGCCAUACCGGCGCAGCAGGAGACAGUCAGCUCCAGCUAAAGACAUUGAAACAGCAUUGCAUUCCAGUGCUGCUUUGAAGCAGGCCGGCAGUGAAGGUGAACUCUGCCAACUGGGGAGUCUGGGAUCAGCAGGGAGCAGCAGUACCCUCGCAUCCUCCGUUAUUGAAGUGGAGGCAGAGCGGAUUGAACCCAGUCUGACGUUGCAGCUCGGACCAAAGCAGGCAAAAGAGGAGGAAGAGGAAGAGGUUGAAGAAGAAGAACUGCCUCCCCUCAGUCCUCCUCCUACCCUGUCCAUCACAGAGGAGAUCCUGGAGUUCAUCAACCAAAGCAGAACCAGGGAGGGACUUACCUCCAUUCAUAGUGACACAACUGUUAUGGAACAAGUAAUGGAUGAUCCCAGCCAGCACCAACUUCUAUCCAGCCAAACCAACUUCACCUGUCCUUUGCCUCCAUUGCCCUGCCUUCCCAGUACAGAAGAUAAUCUCACAGUGUCACAGGAGCAAGACAAAGCUGAGAUGGACAAUAGUCACCUCCAAAGCCCAACCAGCUGUAAAGAAAACAGAUUUGAAAAUGAAACAACUGCAGAUGACAUCCAAGAAAUUGCAGAUAGAACAUCUCGAGCAGGAGAAGAAGAAAAGGCUGAAGGGGAGGCUAUUGUAGCAGAUAUGACAAAAGAGGAAGAACAAGAGACAGCAAGAGAUGAAAGUGCCAUGAGCAUCACAGACUUUACGGGAACCACGAUUUCUUCUCCUCUUCCAACUUCUGACUUUCAUCCCACCAUCUCAACAGAGGAAGUGAAGGAGCAAAGCAGUGUUUGUGACUUGCCUGAAGAGGAAAAGAAUGGCGAGAUUCGCAGUUCUUCUUUGAGGUCAGACCUUAAUUACUGCAGCCAGAAGUGUGCGCUGCCCAAAAGAAGCACGCAUCUCACCAAGCAAGACAAGAAGAUCAUUGAAAAGAUUAGGAGUUACUACGAGGCAGCAGCUGAGGCUGAACAGGUGGAGGAAGAAGAGGAAGAAGGAGGACUGGCAUCAAGAAGGCGAAACAGUUUCUCUCACAUCCCGUCAGGCUUGGUAAAGGAAUCAGUGUCUCGCUUUGAUCUACGUGGACAGCAGAUGGAGCCAGAGAGUGGACAAUCAAACAGUGAAUCAUAUGGCAUCACAACUACAGCAUUGCAUGUUGGUGCAGACAAAGAAUGUGGUUCCACACCCAGUCUCAUGCCUCUCUCAAACUCAGUGUCAGCAGACACACACAAUGACUCACAAGAUGAAAAAACAAUAAGCUCCCUGGAUGCAGAAAGACAAGGAGAAACUGAUGCCAUCAAGUCACUGACCUCUACGACGAUGCUAGAGAGAGAGAAUCAACACCAAGAAGACUUGAAUCUGCAGGUGAACCCAAACAGUCCAGAGGUUGAUGAGCUGGAGAAUGUAAUUCAUGAAAAAAAUGGAAAUGUCUGCAAAGAAUUGGAGGAAAGACUGGAAUGCAGAGAGUAUGAUACAGGAAGUGUAAAAUCUACUGGGGAACAAGUGAAAAAUCCUCUUCAAGAGAUGGAACAAACCAAAGUUGCAAGCAGCAUUCAAGCUAAAGUGAAAAGUCAAGAACCUGAUCAACCAGCCCCUGCAGAACCAAGUAAAAACCAUAAAGAAUCUGUCACACUUCUGCAAUCUACUAACCAAUGUCAGAGAACUGAUACAACAAAACUAUCCAGCUGGACCCCACAUAAAAUCCUAGUCAAGACCAGUGGAAAACUCCAAGAAUUUCCAAGUCAAAUUAAAGUAGGUCAAUGGUCCUGCCAGUCAAGGCUUGUCAGUACUAACCGGACCUUAUUUGAAGGCAUGGAAUCAGGUGUAGCAGGUAUUGGAUUGUUUGAGAAUGAUCCAGUUGUGGACCCAGUGGUAAUAGAGAACUCAGAGCGGAUUCUGAGCAAAGUUCAAACACUGGCCCAGAUGUACAGUGCCAAAGCUAGCACCAUGAAGGUUCCACUACAUCAGAAACGAGCAGGAACUGGUUGCAACCAAACAUUCAUCUCAUCCAGGCUAUCUGGACAAACCAUUCAGAAACAAAUUAAAAAGACACAACCAGACCAGGCACAAUCACAGACUCAUGUUGAGCACCAUCCGCAAAUGCAAUACCAAGUGGAAACCAACAGACAGACUAAAUGUGAAAUGCAUACUCAUAAUGAAAUAAGUUUAUAUCAUAAUCAGGUUAAUGCUGAAGCAACGCUUCAAUCGGAUAUCCACACAAAGGCCAAAUACGAGACCCAAACUUUCUCAAGAACCAACAUUCAGAGCCAAACUGUCGCACAAGCCAGGCAACUAUCACACAUUAAACCCAAAAGCCAGAUUUUAAGUCAAACAUGGAUGAAUCGCAAAAGCCAGACCAAGUGCUCCAGUCAGUGUCAGACCCAACCCAUGGAGGAGGGACAACACCUGCAGGACAAGAACGACCAAGUGGAUCAGAGAACAGAACAGAGAAUAAUGAAGAAUGCAAAAAGCCUGACUGAAGAGGCUGUAUUGCUUGGACAAGUGUUUCUCAGAGAGCAGAUGUCUCCGGCCUGUCACCAGCCAAAUAAUGGAUUCACCCUCUCCAGACCAAGAGACUUCAUCUCUGCAAUAUCCAAGGAAAGUACAGACUUGAGAUCAGCUCAUAACUCCUUGACUUCUACCACACCAUUGGAAAAUCCAUCCGUUUCACAAGAUUGGCCGUCCAGUCAUGCCAAGGAUAAGGGCUACAACCACCAACAGACCUCCACUGACUCCUCGCCAGCUUCACCCGCUUACAGAUAUAAUGUCCAUACACAAGUCGAAGAUCGGCAUUCCAGUCAGAGUCACUUAUUGUAUCCCUCAACACCCACUAUAACUUUGGAUAAUAACUUGACCAAGUUGAUGGACUAUUGCUCUUCUGUUACCACAGAAAGUGAUCAAGUCUUAAAUCAUGUUGGAGAAGUUGAUUCAAAGAAAACAGACAGGAAGGAGCCAAAUAAACAUCAUGUGUACUCAAUAAGAGAAGACUCAACAUCUGUAAUCGUGAUUACCCAUCCGGCACAUUCUGCAGUAAAUUCAUCUGUUCACAGUUCAGCACCAUGGAAAUUAUCAAAAGAAAGAGAUCAAGAGUGCAGUUUCAUGAAAAAUAAACAAGUUGUGCAACCUAUUUACGACACACGUGAACUAACAAAAGAUGUGCCAAGUGUUUGCCCUGAAGACAAGGGUUCCACAACAACCAGAGAUGAUGAAGUUAACCCAGCAGACCUGGCUUUGCUCAGGUCGUCUAUACAAAGAGAAUGUCAGCCAGAAUACCAGACCUCCAUGAAAUCACAACCAAAUCUGGAUAAAGGGCAAACACAGAGUUUCAGUGCCAUGGGUGCUGCUGGAGGUCAAAAGAAGAAUGAGCCCAUAAUAUGCCCCUAUGAAGAAACACAUGACUACACAUCUGUGGGUGAACAGUUUUUUCCACCACUUGUGAAUCAGUCACUGCAGACUAUUCAUUCCUCAGAUGCAUCCAACAUGCCAGAAGGUCACGAAGUAAAAGAGGGGAAUUCAUUCAGUCUACAGCAACAACAAUCAAAUCCUGCUACUUUGCAUCCUCCAUCAGGACUGUCUGUUGACCAUCUACCAAAAUUCACCAGCCAACGGCCUGUCAACAUACGUACUACCAUGGGUACAAGGGUGCUUCCUAACACCUGGAAUAUAAACCAUGAACAGAGAUCCAUGGAACAAGAUCAACAGCACCCAGGCUCCAUAAACACCAGGUCCACCUCCAGUCUGUUUUUGUCUGCCAACUCCUCUUCCAGAUGUUCCUUGGAAAUGCCCUCCCUGGUGGAGAAACCUCCUUCAGGUGUUGCCACCCCUGAACAGAAUCAAGAACUCAUCAUCCCCCCAUCACUCUCCAGACAACACGCACCUUCUCCCAUCCAAACACUGCACACUUCCUCUGCCCUUGCUCUUCCUCCUUCCUUGUCUUCUGUCCAAGUACCACCAUGCCCUUCACCAUUUAGAAUUGCUCCUUCAUCUUCACCCACAUCUGUAUCUGCAGAAACCUCUUCAAAAACGGUGUUGAAGGCACUUCCGCGAUUCUCUCCUACUCCCUGUUCAUCUUUGAAGGGCUCAGUUGAAUCUUCUCCUGCUCACUCCUCUGCUUUUGUGUCCACUGCUUCCUCCUGCUCACCUGCUUUUGGGAGGACUUCAUCCAUAAAAACAAGUCCACAUUCCCCCAAUACAUCAUUUUCUUCUCUCCACUCAAGUGUAUGUUCCUCCACCAUUGGUUCCUCCUCUGCAUUCAGUAAAUCUUUAGCUGCUUCCUGUAUUAGCCAGUCCAUCAGCCAAAGUAUUGCAAAACAAAAUGCUUCCCGCCAACAAGCUCCACCUAUACAACAAAACUCUGCUUUUACUCCCUCUUUACCGCAGUCUCACCAAAGACUGCGUUCCCCUUCACCUAAAAUUGUUCAUGGGCAGCACAGCUUGAGCACGUCACAUUAUGCUCAGUCCUGGUGUCAACAUCCAAAGGGUCCGUCAGGUUCUGUCUGUUCCCCUUGUCCUUCUCCAUCCCAUUCACUUCCCUCUUCUCCUUGUUCCACUCUCAUACACUCAAAAAUGGAUGCAUCUCAGAAUGCAAACAACUGCAACAACAACAACAAUGUUACCUUUCAUGGUUUGGCCACAGCAAAUGAUGCAACUACUCAGAGCCAUAGCCUUAACAAUGCUCUCGGUAAUAGGAAUGGCUCAGUUAGUCCUCACAUGGCACCACUAAUGAAUAGUAGUGGUAAGGCUGCAUCUAUGCAACAAACCCAUGAUCCUCCAUGGUCUGGGUCACACAACCGAAAUGCUUGUCCUUUUUCAGCAUCUGAACCCAGCUCAAGAGUUCAAUCCCCAUCUCCCACACCUAGCCCUGCCUCACAUACUCGUCUCUGCUCCCCACCUCCUCAACACAAUUACUCCUCUCCCAUGGCAUGCAAACUGCCACAUCCACGGAGCACACGGGUUGGAGGUUCAGGUCCAAAUAAUGUAAAAGGUCUCACGUUGGAGCUGACCAGGUCGUCUCCAGCAGCACUGACAACGGAGCAAUCUUUCUCAUAUGUAAACACGCCAAUCAUCUCCCCACCUCCAGUCAUUACGUCAGCCAGUGUUUGGGUGAAUCACACCAAUUCCUCUCAAGCUAAUAAGUACCAGAUCUCCUCGCCCUCCCCAACACCCUGCUUCUCUUCAUCUUUAAUUUCACCAACACUGGAGAAUGCUUUUUCCCCUACUUAUUCCAUACCAACGUAUAUUUCAAGAGCUUCUCCCCAAUCUGUACACUGUCCAACAUCCCCAACAACAUAUCAAAUGUGCCAUCAGUCUUUGUCCUCUAACCUUGUGGACAGACCCCUUAGCCCUGCCUGGAAUAAAUCCAGUGGAUUACGCCGCUCCUGGACAGAGAGCAGCCACAGGUCCACUGAUCAAGGGAACUGGGAUGGGCAGGAGUCAUGUCCAACAAGUCCUACAGGUGGAUGGCCUUCAUAUGGCAGCCCCACAAAUUCCCUCAGCCCCCAAACUGCCCUUCAAUCCCCAAUCUCACCUUGUUCAUUCACACUAGGGAAGAAAAACCUCUGUGAGCAGCAUUUCACUAGUUUGUCUUGGCCAAAUUCGCAGGAACUAGCAAGCAAAUAUAAUGGAAUUGAUAACCAUGACACAGGUUGUUCUGCUUCUAUCAGUGCAUCUCGUUCUUCUUCUGUCUCCCCAACUUCACACACCUUCCUGUCCUCCCCUACACCACUCACAUCUCCAUCAGGCACCCAGGCUGAAUGGGGUGACCCAGAAUUAAAAGAAGGAAACUGCCGUAGCCAGUUGAUCUGUGCCUACAUAGCUCGACCCUCCCAUGAACAAACACGUGCUUCUUCAUGCCUAGUUUUUUCCUCCUCAACGAUGACGUCCCGCCCACCUACCCCAGAGCAGCACCAAAACCUUCAGUCUGAAGUCAGACAACACCUUCAAAUCCAAAACUCUCCUACAACUCUUGCAUCCUCAGUGCCAUCCCCCUCAAAUGUAUCACCUCUGGCAUUUGCUCAUUCAGCUCCUGUGAAACCAGGGAACCAGAAGACCAGUUAUGCAACCACAGUCAACCUCCAGAUAGCUGGUAGUGGUCGAAUAACUUCCUUCAGCACCGCCCAAGUUAGCCUCACUCAAACUCUCCAGGGUGGAAGUGGAGGACCAGGACAAGUUCAGGUGGAGAGGAGAGUUAGCAUAAAUGGACUUUCUCAUCUUCCUUCUUCUCUUCCCCAGAACUGUAAGAGAAUAUGAAAGGCAGAGUGUAAAAAUAUGACAAGAAGAACCAAGAGAGAAAAUAUUCCAAAUAACAACAGAUGUUUUUAAGAGAGACAUGCAUUAGUGCCAUGUGUGAUUGUCUCUGCAUACAUUUCUGAUAAGGCAGUGCUGUUAGUUCUUCACCACAAAAACUUGGCUGAACUUCCAUUAACCCUCAGUGAGGAUUCUCUGUAAUCCACUGGCCUGCAUGAACUUGAUUCUCCAAAUCAUAUCCUAAGGUCUCUCUCUGUCUCUCUCUUUCUGUCCACCCCCCACCCCAAAGCCUGAUGGCAUGUGCCUUGGGUCACAUGUGCUGGAUACUACACAUUGUGACAUGUACAACAAUAAUUUACCUAAACAUUAACUGAUCAUCAGGGCUAAUUGUUUUGAGGGGAUGUAUAGUUGUCUGAAAAUUACUGUGAUGUAUGAUUUGUAAUGUGAGACAUCCUCUGUGCAAUCAUCAAUGGCGGAAGUUUUUGUUGGUUUUAUUAAAUUACCCUGAAUGCCCACAGCAGGAACUGACAACAGGUCUGACAAUUUAUAACUGUGUAUUUGCUCCUAAUGGUACACUGUAACCAGUCUGAAAAUACAUUCAUCUGAAAAAAAGAUUCUAGGGUGUUUUCUGCUGAUUUGUUUACAUCUUGGAUUGACUAGAUUAACUGUGGACAUGUUUA